AUGUCUUUGCCUAAAUUUGAAUUACUUUCUGUUGCUGACAAUGAGACUGGAUGGGGUCCACUUCCAGUAAAUGGCGCUGCUGAGGCUGUCCCAUUCCAACAAUACAACAAGGCUGAUCGAAUCGGUCGCGUUGCAGAUUGGAUUGGCGUCGAUCGUUUUUACAGACGUGGAAAUGAACGUUAUAAUGAGCGCAUGUAUGGAUCUGCGGCAAACGCUGGAAGCCAAUUCGACUAUAUCCAUGGAAUGGAUGAUCAUAAUUUCCAACUUGUUGACUCAUCCAAACCAGUUCAACGCAAUCCUCAACGAAACUUCCGCAUGCGACAAGUUCAAAUUAAAAAGAUGAUGCAAAAAGAUCAAGAAAAGAAGGAGCUCGCUAUCCAGUCUCAGAAUGUGAAAAUGAAGCGCAGUAUUGCCAAAGAACAACAGAAAGCGUUCAAAAUGUGGCAAAGACGAGGAGGAAAUGCUCGUGUUGGGCAGCGUGGUCCAGGUCGGUUUGGAGGAGAUCGUCCAAAGGAGCGUCUUCCAUCAGUGCAAGUUCGCACCGAUUGGACUGUUCUUGAGGAAAUGAGUUUGCCAGCAUUUUCCAAACUCGCUCUUCCAAACAUUAGUGCUGGAGAGGAUAUUGGCGAUCACCAAUAUGGUGUUUUACAAUACUUCGACAAAUCCAUCGAUCGAGUAUCUGUCAAAAACUCGCUUCCACUUCAACGCUGCGCUGGCGUUUACUAUCAUGUCACAACAACAGACGAUGUCGUGAUCCAAGAGCUUGCGCAGAAUGGAAUCGGAAAUGUUUUCGGAACGGAUAUUAUCCUCGCUACUUUGAUGACAGCACCACGCUCUGUGUAUUCUUGGGAUAUCGUCGCGUAUCGUGUCGGAGACAAGUUGUUCUUCGAUAAGAGAAACACGAGAGAUAUUCUCAAUCCUGUGGAAACUUUGACUGUUUCCGAAACGAGCAGUGAUCCUCCAGCUUUUGAUGGAACCGGAAUCAACAAUGGAAAGGAUCUUGCCACAGAGGCUUUCUACAUCAAUCAGAACUUCCGCCGUCAGAUUGUUAAGCGUAACGAAGAUGGCUACAAGAUGAAACAUCCCCAAACUCCAUUUGAAGAGGAAGAAGCUGGUGAGAAUGGAACUGCCUAUAGAUACCGCAAGUGGAAUCUUGGAACCGGAAUCAACGGAAAACCUGUCGAACUUGUUGUUCGAACAGAGAUAGAUGCUGUUGUUCCUGGUCCUCAUAACGAACCACAAUUUAUGACAAUCAAGGCAUUCAAUGAAUGGGAUAGCAGCCAAUCUGGAGGAGUUGACUGGAGAACUAGGCUUGAUGUUCAGAAGGGUGCUGUUAUGGCUACUGAAAUUAAGAAUAAUAGCGCUAAAGUGGCGAAAUGGACGUUGCAGGCUCUUCUUGCUGGAACUGAUACCAUGAAAAUUGGCUACGUUUCCCGCGCCAAUACUAGAUCAACUCAAAAUCAUGUAAUUCUUGGUACCCAGUACGUUAAACCAGGGGAGUUUGCAAGCAAUAUUGCUCUCAAUAUGGACAACUGCUGGGGAAUUCUCAGAUGCGUUAUUGAUAGCUGCAUGAAGCAGAAACCCGGAAAAUAUUUAUUGAUGAAGGAUCCACAAUCACCAACAAUUCGUUUGUACUCACUUCCAGAAGGCACUUUUGAAAGUGAGCGCGAGGAAUCCGAAGAAGAAACUUCUUCCGACGACGACCAGUAA